AUGCUAAAGCCUAAAAUUUGCAUUUAUUCAUUCAAAUAUAAGAAAAAGCAGGUAAUUAAGCUAGUUAGUUUGUUUGUUUGGUAAUUUGCUUGGAUCCUUAAGUUAGAGCCUCAUUACAUUCAUUAAUACAAACAUACAAAAUGUUAUAAAAUAAAUAAUGAAAAGAUUCUCUUAUUUCAUUCAAAUAAAUUCUUUUAUAAUUUUACAUGUAAAUUUUCAUUAAAAAAAUUCGCUUUUUUCUGCUCUUUUAUUAGCCUUUUUAUUAUUUAUUUUUUAAUAAAUCUGCUCGUAUCUUUUUUUGUUUGCUUUUUUAUAUAUUUAGACAAAUUUCAUACUUUAAAAACGAGUAAAACCAGUGUUAACUUCAUAAUAACUAAAACCUGUCUAGAUAAAUUUGUUGAAAUAAUAUACAGCUUUCAGACUUAAAAGGAUAAGCAUACGCUGAGAGAAUGA